CGAGUAACGAUUUCUCACUCCAACGUGACCCCUCCUAAGCGUCUCGGUAGGUCAUCCUGCGUGCUGCUCGUGUUGCUCGUCAUUCGUCGACUCCUCUCUCAGAACCCUAAUCUAAUCGGCCGUCCUCCUGACAUCCAAGUCAUCGCAGACCCUCUUUAAAGCAUUCUUCUUGAUUGAUUGAUCAAUCCAUCGUUCCUUCGCCUUCCCGGGAUUAUAAACCGUCCUCAAGCCAUGACCAGCUUUUGAUCGCAUUCUGUCUCCUGACUGGUGCCAUUUGGCAGAGCAUGUGAAUCGGCUGGACCGCGUCAUUCUUCAGUGUUCUCGGCCCUGGAGGCGCAAGCACAAGCACCAGCAACAUGGCUGCCACGUUCACAUGCCCCGAUCUCCGUCUCCCGGGGGUUCAUUCCACCCAUCCAUCCGCAUCGCUCAGCCUAGUGCUAGAGCAUACAAAAGUCCCUUCUCUCAUCACCACUCAGAUCGUCUCACCCGGUGUGAACGACUCCACUGGAAUCCCUGUGGGUGCAGGCACUUCGCCCACUGUAUUGGACCAAACCGUCGAUGAGCCAUCAGACAGCAUGAGCGAAGCGUCUAAGAACACUCCGUCGUCCUCCCCAUCUGACAGACGGACCAAGCGCAAGCGAACCGUCUCACCUCCAUCGCCGGAACAACUUCGCUCUCGCCAUUCGCGCCGCUCCACCCCCAAUAGUCGACACAGUUCACACCGUCGCUCCGCUACGACUUCUCUCACCCCAGCAACUGCCCGACGCGAGGACCUCAUCGCUCUCCAUCGCGAAUCCUGCCGUCUCUUCCAGGACGACGGCCUCUCCACCUCAAAGCCACGUCCACGCGUAUCGCGACCUCCAUCGUCCAGCAUUCCUCGUACCCCACCGCGCCCUCUUCGCUCCUCGUCCAACGCCAGCUCCCCACCUACACUCCGAACCCAGCUGUCCAUCUCCACCUACCAAGGGCAGCCCAGCCAGGAUGAGCCCUUACGACCUCCCCUACGUGCGUCCACCUUCUCCGCCUACGAGGCAACCUGUCCCUCUCCACUCGCACCCACGACGACCGUGAUCGACUGGACAUCGCCCUCCACCCGACGCCGCGAGUACGAAAAGAUCGACCGAGCCAGUAGCGGUGUGCGCGGGUUCUGGCGACGGGUGGCGCCCCGGUGGUGUCAGUUCGGCGACAACCGCACGCCCUUCUUCGAAGAAGGCAAAAACGGCAAGGGGAACUACGAGGGGAGUAUUCGACGAUUCCGCAUGGAGAUUCCCGAAGAGACAUGCGAGACCAAAACCGGGACCAGCACGUUGCCGCGCGGCUUUAAACUCACCCGAAAAUGGACCAUGCAUCGACUGAGCAACCGUCUGUGAUGAUACCUAGCGUCUUGCAUUGAUA